AACGCCUCUCAUCCAAUCAAAGUAACGCCACGAGGCUGUGGUUCUUGAAUUAUUUAAAUGAGUCACGUCGGAGUUGGUGUACUGCAGGAUAGGAUUGAGUUUCUCAAAUUAGUCAAGGUCACUUUUAGAGAAAAACAAUAAACCCUUCUGUUAUGAAGUGUGCAGCUAAGGGCAAACCCACAAACAAAAACCUUCGAACGAAGCUAAAACUCGAUAUUCUCACCAACAAUGGAGGAAAUUAAGUGCGUGAGCCACCAGCACGCCAGCCAAUUGUUCCACAACAAAUUCAUUGUGGUUCUGGGUGACUCUAUUCAGCGGUCUGUCUACAAAGACCUUGUCUUGCUCCUACAGUAUGAUCGAUACCUUCGUACAGGACAGCUUAAAUCAAAGGGUGAGAUGAGCUUUGAACUGGACCUUCUAGUGGAAGGUGGUUGCCUCAGCCCAAUGCACAAUGGGAUAAAUUACCGCGAGGUCCGGCAGUACCAGUCUGACCACCACAUGGUCCGCUUCUACUUUGUGACACGCAUAUACUCUGACUACAUGAAAAGUGUCCUGCAGGACUUCCGCCUUGGGUUGAAACCAGAUCUAGUCAUAGUCAACUCCUGUGUUUGGGACAUUUCAAGGUACAAUUUAGAAUGGCUGAGUACAUACAGGGAAAACCUCAAUACAUUCUUUGAAGAACUCCAUGAGAUCCUUCCAGAGGAAAGCUUGGUCAUUUGGAACCUCACCAUGCCCCUGGGAGAGAAAAUCAAAGGGGGGUUCCUGGCUCCUGAGAUUUCCUACAAGGCUUCCCAUCUACGUCACGAUGUGAUCGAAGCCAACUUCUACAGUGGAACCCUUGCCGCCGCUUACAAUCUGGAUGUCCUGGACCUCCACUUCCACUUCCGCUUCUCCUUACAGCAUCGCGCCAGUGACGGCAUCCACUGGAACGCCUUGGCCCAUCGCCGGAUAAGCACGCUGCUGUCGCUGCACGCCGCAGAUGCCUGGGGUGUGGAGCUGCCACUUACUGCUCGCGAGAAUUUAGCUGUCGCUCAUCAGCUGCCAGUCCCGGAAAGAGAUCCCAGUCGUGUUGCAGAGAAGCCUAAAAGAAUCACCUGGUCUCCUCGCCAUGAUGUAUUAAACUUUGAAGCGAAUGCACAGCCGCCAUCUUGGCACUGGGAUGCUGCUUCCCAGGCACCUUACUUUAAUCCUUACCCACACCCCAAUGGAAUGAACUUUUCUCCUCAUCCUCCCUAUCGUGGCUUCAUGGUAAACUUUGAUGCUAAAGCACCACCUUAUCGGCACAAAGAUGCUGUGUUUCACACAAAUGUCCGGAAGAAUGACCUGCUUCCAAAUGGUUGUACCUCGCUGUACCCACACGUGGUUAGGACAAGGUAUACCAGACACAAGUACAUGCCAUAUACUCAUCACAGGCCCUAUCAGCAUUACUAAUGUCUUUGAGGUGGACUUGAAGCUACUGCGCUCUGAUAGUUACUGUUCAUACCCAGAAAUGUGGUUUUCAGCGUUAAAUUCUGUAAGUUUUUUUUCUUUAGUUUGAAUAUUGUCUAUCACCUGACAUUUUUACACUGAAAAAUGUCUAAUGCAAAACUGCAAGGUUGGCUUAUUACUUGUGUUUGAAUAACAUUUCCAUUACAUACUUUUUCCAAACUAGGGGCAAAGAAUACAACUUUAAAAUACAUCUACUUAAUUAUUGUUAUGCGAUUACUUUCUGCAGUUGACUUCUACAAACAAGAGGAAUGUAUUUGGUGCAAGUAGUUCGAAUUUACCCUUUAAAUUGAAUUUAAAAUGUUUACUAUGAGGUAUCACUUGAGGCUAUUCAAAAUGAUCACUUCUUCGGUCAUGAGUCCAAUUGAUGUCUUUAAAAUGGUUGGAAAAAAGUUGAAAAUGCUUUCAUUUUAAAUUGCACAGCCAACAAAUGUUCUGUUUGCAACAAAUACUCUCAAAACUCACAAAAAGCUAUUAAAUUGCUUGGCUUCUUAAUGUUUGACAAUAUCCAAAAUAAUAUCACUGAUAUGCUUUUCAUGUUUAAGAAUGUAUUAUUGCAUUUUGAAUGUUACUAAUUAAAGUUCAUACUUGGUUUACAAAUUGAA